CUUCCUCUUCAGAUCAAUCUUCCUCUUUAUAUCCGAGUCAGAGAUGGCGCCGCUCCACCUGCUGUGUAUACUAGUUUCUGCAGUUUCUUCAGAAAUCAUCAACUGGACAGGUGUCCGUGUGUCUACAGAAAAGUUAUCACAGCCUGAAUUGACGGUUAAAUCUCCCUACGUGAUGAUCGGACACAUGAAGACCAUUCACUGCAUCUCCAGGAACGGCUCUCUCCCCAUCACUUACACCCUAUUCAUUAAUAAGACAUUUGUGGAGAAGAGGACGGUGCCAGAGGAGAGAGGAGCCACCUCCAACAUCACUGUGGAGCAGAGGACAGUGCCAGAGCAGAGAGGAGCCACCUUCAAUGUCACCAUCUACAAUGAGACUAGCCUCGGACCUUAUAAAUGCAAAGCCAACAACAGCCUGAUGCAACCUGUGUACAGCAAGGAGCUCACAUUUACACUACAAGAAAAGUUAUCACAGCCUGAAUUAACGGUUAAAUCUCCCAAUGUGAUGACCGGACACACGAAGACCAUUCACUGCAUCUCCAGGAACGGCUCUCUCCCUAUCACUUACACCCUAUUCAUUAACAAGACAUUUGUAGAGGAGAGGACAGUGCCAGAGGAGAGAGGAGCCACCUCCAACGUCACUCUGGAGCAGAGGACAGUGCCAGAGGAGAGAGGAGCCACCUUCAAUGUCACCAUCUACAAUGAGACUAGCCUCGGACCUUAUAAAUGCAGCACAAACAACAGCCUGAUGCAACCUGUGUACAGCGAGGAGCUCACAUUUACACUACAAGUGGAAAAGAACAGACGAGGGUACCUGGAGUGGCUGAUCCCGGUCCUCAUACUGAUUGGGAUCCUGGUGAUCAUUGCAUUUAUAGGAAUUGCCAGACAUAAGAAAGGCAGGGCGAGGCGUGAGGAGGAUCAGUAUUGUGUUGUGGGACCAAUAAACGGAAGAGAAGAUGGGAGUAAGCAGUGCGAGGAUCAGGACAUAGAGUACUGCAGUAUGGCGCUGAGGGGACCACCCAGAGCUGCCAUCAGGACUGAAGAGUCGGUGGAAUACAUGGAAGUGGCGUUAAAAAGAUCCUAGUACGAUCAAUAUAGAGUCGUCGGGUGGCCAUGACACCUCAGACACUAUAGUGGCUAUAACAGAGGGCGAAGAUGUGACUACACCCAGGUUUAUUGCACAGAAUCGCUGACCAGCGUCUCAUCCUUGUCUUGUGGAUGAUGGGAGUAUUCAUUUCCGCAGUCUAUAAAUAUUUACAUGAAA